CAGUUGUUGCUGUGUUGGAAGACGUCCGUGUAGCAGACAAGAGAGACGUGAAAACGUUUAGAACCCAAGUGAAUGCACGUCUCUACCUCUGUCAAGUGAGUAGCUCAGUGUUCAGACGUCUGUGGACUAGCUUAUCAAUGGUGAUUGAAUAAGUGCUGGAUGUAUCGGGCCUCUGCUAGGCAUUGACUAGAUCAAUAGAUCGUGUACUUGAGCAAAACAAAAAUAAAUAUACGUCUCUUCAACGUUUCACUACUGUGGUCUGCCAGGCACUCAAGGAAAUAUAUUUCUAUGCGGACUAGAUUUUGAUUAAGUAGACUACUUGUUGAUCUAAUUAAGAAGCUUACCGAAUGCCUAAAGGAUUAAGCUGUUUAGGCCUCAGCAAAAAAAUGUGUUAAUCAUUCUCGGCGCCAAAAGGUUAUUGAAUAGGAGCCAAAAUCAAUCAUUUAUUAGGAGAGAAAGAUUCUAAGCUUCAGGGAUUUCGAAGUGGCACUGAUUUCGUUUCCUAAGAAAAGAAGAUGAGUCAGCUUCGUCCUGCUAAACAAACAUCGUUACGGCCUGCUUCAUCUGCUGAACUUGGACAACUUUCAACCAUUUCCUCCCCCAAAAGGCCUGCAUCGGCUGCUGUUCCAUCGGCUGCUGUUCCAUCGACUUUCCCUGCACAGUCUUCCAAUGUCCAAAGUGGAGAGAACACGUCUAGCGGUAGAUUCGCCGCCAAAAAGAAACAAAAGCGUGGGAAACGUGGACGUUCUGAUGGGUUUGUUCUGGGUUUGGAUCUGGGUUUAGAUCUGGAGGCUGCAGAAACAGAAAACACUGAAGAGACUUUGAAAAAAACUCUAGACUCAGAAUCAUUAAACUUCAUCUUCUGGUUGCGUAAUCCAAGUCUUCAGACAUUGUCUCAGUUGAGAAAAGCAAUCAAGUGUAACGAUCUAGAUUGGAUGAGAUGUUUUUUAGAAUUUGAUGGCCUAGGUUUAUUGUUUCAGUGCUUGAAAAACCUAAGCAGUUACCAUAGCAGUCAUUUAAACGACAUGGUACUACGAAUGGCUUGUGUGUCAUGUAUUAGGGAAGUUGUCAACUCCAGGUCUGGUCUGGAUUGUUUAUUAACCAUUGGUGACCGAAAUGAUAAUUUAUUUGGACGUCGAUUCUCUACGGCAUUGGAAACUAAUAACUUAAUAGUCAAAAUGCAGAUCUUCGAGUUACUCUCAGCACUUUGUCUCUACUCAGCCGAUGGAUUUUAUCUGACACUGGAUGCAUUAGAACGUUAUAAGGUAUGGCGUAAGCAAAAGUACAGAUUCAGUCUAUUGGUGAAUGACUUGAGGAACACUGAUCUCACAACCUAUAAAACAACUGUCAUGGCGUUGAUCAACUCUAUUAUUGUUGCUAGUGAAAACAUUCGAGACAGGGUGCGAAUUCGAAAUGAAUUUGUUGCUCUAAACAUCCUUGACGUCAUUAACUGCUUACGGGACGAGAAUGAUGGAGACCUCCAUGUACAGCUGGAUGUAUUCGAGGAAGAACUCUCGGCAGAUACAGAAGCCAUGGUAGAGUCCAACAAGGAAUCUAUAGACAUCAAUAGCCACUUUGAUUUAUUUAAGGCCAUCUACAAUAAGGUGAAUGAUACUACUUUGAGUCUCUCACUCCUGUCAAUACUAUAUAGUCUUUAUCAGAUAGACUCCAAUAACCCUCUCUGUGAAAGUACAUGGCAACUGAUCGAGAAACUAAGCCAGCAAGCUGUAGAGGGCGCUCUCAAAGCAGACAAGUUGAUGGAAGAAGCCAAAGCACAAAGACGACAUGUCGAUGUUGCAGUGCAAACUAUGGAAAGUUUAUCAACAUCAUCUUCAGCAGUAUCAUCUUCUAGAUUGCAAAGAAAGUCAGCCAUACUUAGUGGUACCAGACCAGAAGCAUCGGCACCCUCAGAAGUCGCUCCUCCACAACCAUGCGCCCCCCCUCCUCCGCCAUCUCCUCCAAUGCCACCACCUUUAGUUCCACCCCCUCCUUGCCCACCACCUCCACCUCCACUGCUUGGUGGAUACACCCCUGGCCCUCCUCCUCCACCUCCACUGCUUGGUGGAUACACCCCUGGCCCUCCUCCUCCACCUCCACUGCUUGGUGGAUUCACACCUGGAGCUCCUCCUCCUCCACCACCUCCUCCUUCAGUCUUAGGUUUAAAGGUACCAGGUGCUCCACCAGUUCCAGUCCCACAAUUGUCUCCCAUCUCUGUAGUGACCACAAUACCAACACCAGAGCCAAACUGUCAAAUGAAACAUUUUAUUUGGAAUAAGGUCCCAGCAUUACAGAUUAAUAAAAACAGUAUUUGGGGAGAUGUGAGUUGUAUGGACGGUGGUAUACAAAUAGAGUACAACAAAUUGGAGGAACUUUUCUGUGCUAAAAUGUCCAAAGAGGAAGCUAAAACUGAUGACAAAGUAACAAAAGCGCACGCAUCUCCAAAUGAGAUAAGUCUUCUUGAUCCCAAGCGAAGUAUGAAUGUCAAUAUUUUUCUGAAACAAUUCAGAAAAAAUAACGCCGCCAUUGUUGAUUUAAUUCGAAAAGGUGAAGCUCGCAAUAUUGGUGUUGAAAAAUUAAAAGGCCUCAUCAAAAUAUUGCCUUUGAUGGACGAGGCUGAGAUGAUACAGAACUAUGAUGGUGACGCAGACAAACUUGGAAACGCCGAGAAGUUUUUUAUGCAGCUUAUUUCUGUUCCUUGUUAUAAAUUACGUCUUGAGCUUAUGCUCCUCAAGUCUGAUUUUCAAAAUCAGUUAUCAAGUGUUCGAUCUAAUUUGCUUUUACUAUCAGGCAUCUGUCGAAGACUGUAUAAUAACACAGCAUUGAAAAAGUUCUUGAGGCUAGUUCUAAUUGCAGGAAAUUUUAUAAAUAAGGGAAGUAAUGCAGGGGAUGCAGUUGGCUUCAAAAUCUGUUCCCUCAACAAACUCAUACUGACCAAGUCCAAUGACCCUAAACUGUCGCUGCUGCAUGUCCUGGUGCAGGAAGCUGAAGCGAAAGACAAAGAUGCACUUGCAUUUACAGACGACCUUCUGGAGGAUCUACAAAAAGCAUCGCGGUUUUCCUUAGAAAAUGUCAAGUCGGAAUUCCACCAAAUCAAAACUAAUGUCCAGAAAUUACUUCAACAGAUUCAGACACAAGCUGAUGAAGAAAUUAAAGACCAAUUUAAAGAGUUUCUUGAGGAAGCCGAAGGGGAUUUAUCGGAUAUUGAUGAGAGUCUUGAGUUGCUCGUGAAACAAAGUCACAAAUUAGCUCAUCAUUUCUGUGAGAAUGAGAACUCUUUUAAUCUUGAAGAGUUUCUGAGUGCUUUCCGAGAGUUUUGUGACAGAGUAAAAGUAUGUCAGCAGGAGAUCUCCUCGUGGAAACAGCAAGCUGAGAAAGCUGAACUGAGAAAGAGAGCACACGAAGAACUUCUGGAGAAAAGAAAAAGUGCCCAAAAAGAACUUCCUCCAGGAGCAAGAUUGAUGCCUGGCCUUGCAGGUACUGGGGAUGCUAAAAUUGUGGACAACUUAGUCAGUGAAAUUCGCAGAGGCAAUGUUCUCCGACGUCUAUCAGUGAAAAGAAAAUCCAAACCUGUGCCUGAUGUCAUUACAGAAAGUGUGCGCUUGUAGAUGAAAUGUGUUGUAUCACUUGUAGAGCUUGUGAAGAGUAGAGUUUUAAAUAGAAUCUUUAUGUAGAACAAACAGGAGAAUAAACUUAGAUCUAUACAUUCUGUUUUACAAAAUACAAUGUUAUUCUAUCUUUUUUUUAACUUCACCAGAUUUCCAAAUGUAUAAUAUAUUAAUACCCACAUUUACCUAUCACAUUGUAUUAUAGUACAGUAUUUUUUUUUUUUGCACAGUUCAAUAAUGUGCACUUUUUAAAUAUAGAUAAAUCUUUGCAAAGCUUUGGAAACUUCAAUCUAAUUUUGUUUUUGCUUUCUUUUGUUAACCUUUGCUUCUCUUCAUUGAAGGAAACAGUUCAUUAGCACAAUGGGAUGUGAUUGAAGUGCUCAGUUCAUUAGCACAAUGGGAAGCAAUUGAAGUGCUCAGUUCAUUAGCACAAUGGGAAGCAAUUGAAGUGCUCAGUUCAUUAGCACAAUGGGAAGCAAUUGAAGUGCUCAGUUCAUUAGCACAACGGGAAGCAAUUGAAGUGCUCAGUUCAUUAGCACAAUGGGAUGUGAUUGAAGUGCUCAGUUCAUUAGCACAAUGGGAUGUGAUUGAAGUGCUCAGUUCAUUAGCACAAUGGGAUGUGAUUGAAGUGCUCAGUUCAUUAGCACAAUGGGAAGCAAUUGAAGUUCUCAGUUCGUUAGCACAAUGGGAAGCAAUUGAAGUGCCCAGUUCAUUAGCACAAUGGGAAGCAACUGAAGUGCUCAGUUCAUUAGCACAAUGGGAAGCAAUUGAAGUGCUCAGUUCAUUAGCACAAUGGGAAGCAAUUGAAGUGCUCAGUUCAUUAGCACAAUGGGAAUCAAUUGAAGUGCUCAGUUCAUUAGCACAAUGGGAUGUGAUUGAAGUGCUCAGUUCAUUAGCACAAUGGGAAGCAAUUGAAGUGCUCAGUUCAUUAGCACAAUGGGAUGUGAUUGAAGUGCUCAGUUCAUUAGCACAAUGGGAAGCAAUUGAAGUGCUAAGUUGAUUAGCACAAUGGGAAGCACGCUGGAAAUAAGGAAUUUAUAAGACAUAAAGACAUAAACUGAAUAAAAAUUAUCCAACUUUUUUAUUAAUGUCAGUGAAAUGUUUGGCUAGUUAUGAGAGCUUUUGAAAAGUGAAAAUCUAUUAGAUGAACUAAUUCUAAGUAAGAAGUCACCAAAUGGACUUCUCUUAUUGAAGGAUAAUUUCCUUCUUACAGAUUGACAAUACAAACAUUCACAAUUCUAAAGGAUUCAUGAUGAUUACUAACUUAAAAACACAAUCAUUUGUGCAUAACUAUAAAAUCAAAGUAAGUGAAAAACAAUAUUAUUUAAAUGUAUUAUAAACUUUAUAAGAACAAAAUCUUAUAGAAAAUAAAUUGAGAUUUCAGAAGGAAACAUGAUUUAUUCAUUUAGUGAAAAAUCAAGAAAAUAGAUUUACAUUGAAAAUGAUUAUUUAAAAUUACUCACAGUGUUAUUCAAUAUCUUCAUAUUUAUAAAAGUUGGAUCAUCUUUUUGAUCUGAAAUGAAUUGAAAGGGUUAGGGUUAGGCUGGCUAUUCGUACUUUGUCUACUUGCAAGACAGUAGGAUUCUGAAUGUAUAGGCUACAGACGCAAAGUUAAGAUUUCUCUGUAAACUAAUCCACUAGUUCUCAUAAUUGUAAAUUAGAUCUUAUUUACAUUCUCUUAUUCUAAGAUCAACAUUUAAGGCUUGGAAGCAUGUUGUUUGUAGAAUUGGAAAUCUUCAACUAUUUCAUAAUAACGCCAUAAAUUUGAUUCUUAAGACAGAGAUACAAACAUUUAUUUGUAUGACUUUGAACAACAAAAUAUGUCGACAUCUAAUAUUAGAACAAUUUCAAUAAAAUAAUCAUUAAAAAAACCA